AUGGAAAGUGUUAGGAAGGACAUCAAGGUGUGCAGUCUAACUAGGGUGCAGAACAGCGGCUACUCCAGUCAUCAGGUGUUCUACUUCUUCAGGAGAGUCUUCGUCAUGAACAUGUUUGAAAAGGAUGUGUUACCAGCAUUCCUGCAGUACUGCACCUGUGUGUGUGAGGCAGGUACAACAGGUGAGACAGGUGAAAUAGAGACAGGUGUGCUGCAGGUGCUGACUCAGUUGGUCCUGCUGAAGAGACCCCCGCCUGACACAGGUGCGGCCUUACCUGCCUGGGACAGGUAUCCUCUCCACUUCAAGGAACAGAAUAAGAAAAGCAAGAAGAAAGGUCAGAGUUCAGCCAGCCUCCAGCCGAGACCAGUGCAACUGAUUCUGUCCCAACUGGAGAUGGUACCAGACCAGGGGAGCAUGUGGAGGCUGUGGGGGGCUCUUAUAUGUCUGCCUCAUCUCAGGAUCUCUGAUAAAGACCACCUGUUUGAGCUGCUACAGAGUCUAACCCACAAGCUCAGUGGAGAGGCAAAGUCCAGUUCUCAGUCAGAAGAGAAGUGGUUAUACCUGCUGUCCCUGGCUGUCUUUGCCCUCCUGCACCACUGUGCACCUGAGCAGGGUCUCACACCGGAGUUGUCUGGUCUCCUGCUGGAGUUACUCAGGACAUAUCCCAGCAGCCCGUCUGUUCUGUGGGCGGCAGAUAUUUUCUUCACGACAGCGAGACAACAGGAGACGUCGGGAGAAGAGCUCCUUAAGGAGAAUGUCUUAGAAGACGUCUUCCCACACUUGCAGCCCAACCUGUCCAACCCUGCGGGGAAGGUUAGACUGCUGACUUUAAGAGUCCUCAGCAACUUCAAGGUUGAGCUGCCUGACCUAGAGCUAGGUGAGGAGGAGUUCCAAGACGCGAGGGAGUCCGUCUUUAAGACGUGUCUCCAGGCAGAAGGAACCCCGGCCAGUGUUCAGCAGUACCGGGAGAAGCUCAUGUAUCUGAACAGGCUGGACUUCGACACCGUCAGGAGAUGUGUGCCUAAGGGGCCUUAUCAACAGGUUGCUCUGAGGUGUCUGAUUGGUCAGCUGUACGUCAACAUGAAGUUACUAUGGAAACCUGUCACCGACCUCAUCAAGUCUCAUGCCUGUGGGAUGGACUUGAAGGAGUUCUGGUCUGUCUGGAGGGAACACCUGAAGCAAGCAGCAGAGCAAGCAGAGCAAGACCUUUACAAGCCGAAGAAGGGUGACAGUCCAUCUGACCAGCCUGAGCCUGAAGACUCCCCCGAGGAUUUCUUUGAAGAAACGUUCCAAGACGUCAUCGCUAACCGUUCCACUCCUGACCACACCAACUUCCGCCAUCUUCUCUGGACCGCCAUGGCCGAUUUUCCCGACAAUUGCGAGCCGAAAUCACGGGACUUGUCGCCGCUGCUCUUCCAGUUCUUCGACAACGAGUAUUACCCAGCAGACCUUGCUGCCGCCCCUGCACAGGACAUCAGGAAACCCCAGGAGAGCAAGACUGAUGAUGUCAUAGAAAUGGACCAAUCAGGAGUCGAGGAUUCCGAUUUGAAUAUAAAAAGCGACCAAUUAGAGGAUAAAGAUGACGAUGAUGCUGAGGAUAAAGAUGAGGAAGAAGAAGAUGAUGACAUCACACAUGAAGACGUCUCCACAGCUGACAAAGUCUCAAGGACAAGGAGAAAAGCAGCAUCAAGGUCACUUGUUGUCCACUUGACCUUGUUCUCCAAGUUUAAGAGCCCCAGAAGCCUGUACCUGGAGCCCAGGCUGAAGGAAUUGUACUUCGAGAUGCUAAAACACAGGGAGCAAGACGUCCAAAGAGCAGCCCUGGCCUGCCUGAUGACAUACAAGGCCCCCUACCUCACCCCUUACUCUGACAACUUAGACAGACUUCUCCAAGACAAGGAGUUCCGAGAAGAGCUGACCCUGUUCAGCAUUGACCAGGAGAGCAGUGUGGUACAGCAGGAGCACAGGGAGGGGCUGCUGCCAGUGCUCUUCAGGCUGCUGUACGGGCGUAUGCAGCAGAAGACCGGAGAGGGCACGCAGGGUCGGCAGGGGGCGAGGGUCAGGACUGCCCUGGUGCUCAGGUUCCUUGGGGGGUGCACGCCGGAGGAGCUGGAGAACUUCUUAGACAUGAUCUUAGCUCCGUUUGCUCACCUGAUGAACACAG